AUUUCUCCAUACCUUUUAUCUACUUCUUAGACGCUAUUUGACAGAAAUGACAUCAGUCUUCAUUAUAUUAAGUGAAAUUUAUCUAGAAAGAGGCUAUUCAAGACUUCUUCAUCACUAUAACACCGCUUAGUCUCCACAUCAAGCUACAGACGUAGAAUCAACAUCAUAUCCAUACAUCAACCCUAGUGUGAUCAGACGUUAUAAAAUAGACUACAUCAAGCAGAACCAGCACCACCAUGUGAUAUGAGAAAUAAGUGUUACUUGGACAAGCACGGAGAUGGGUUGGAGUCGGUCAAGGCAGCCUCCAUAGGCUCCUCUACUGUGUCCAUGAUGCCUUCACUGGCUCCGAGUUCUGUGUCAUCGCUUAUCUCGUCCUUCACUCCGAGUCAAGGUUUUGACAAGGAAAACCGGCAACAGCGUCUACAGAGAUCUAACACCAACGACUUCAACACAAUGCGUAUGGCCAACCUCGUCAGGGAAAGGAAUCUGGAUAGCCAGGCGUACUACAAGCGUGUCUCCUUCCUUCCGCUUAAAAUCAGGGAAAGGACUUUCGCUGAUUCAAGGCAGGUGACCUUUCUGAACGAAGAGCUGGGCGGAUAUAGCAACACUAAAUCCACGAUGGGCAUGCCCGGACGGGGAAAGACCGGUGUCCACCUCAACACUGACCAAUGGAAAAAGGACAUCGACCGCCAGGUCCACUCCUGGAUGAAGACCAAACCGGUUCACGAAAAUCAACGUGUUUCGCCCCGUCAAAUGAUGUCGCCCACCUUUGAUGGGACACGAAAAAGGCGCCAAAAACGCCAUCGUUUGCGAGAUGCAGAGGAAAACAUGGAAACUACGGAGUCGGUAACUGGAGGGAGUGAGUCGUUAGUGUCUGUGAGCACGGAUUAUACUAAACAGUCCAGUACGGACACGAAAACAUCACAGACUUCUAUGUUGUCAAAGACAAACUCACACACCAAAGACAGGAAAUUCAGCCGAUCGUCUGACGAUCUGCUUGACACUCCAGAAAGAGUUGGAAAACAACAUGCUUAUAAUGAAAUAGAAUACCAAAAACGAUAUCGUAGGAUUUAUGACUUGAAAAAACAUCUUCAUUUUGUGAAUUCUACUUGUCUGUCAGGACAGAAUAUUCUUAAAAAGAACCAACGUCUUCCCCCAAUGAACGGUUUAACAAAAGAGGAAGUGGACCUCACCGCGCCUGAUUUGCUAGCAAUCACGUCUGUUCAAAAACACAACGAGCCGGAAUCCGUGGUCCGGUAUCCACCCCCGACUCUAGUUACGACCACACAACUCACCACGCAUAUCUCGCCCACGAAGGACUUUGAGGACAAUCAACAAUAUAGUAAUAUUAUCAACCAUAAAAAUCAAAGUGCUAACACACCCGAAACGACUCAAUGGCAGCAUACGAACCGGAAACCAGAACUCAAUGUGUAUGACAAACUACCUAGAAUCACUGGCAAGGGCCAAAAGCGUCCUGGUGCCGAACAGCAACUGACAAUUUCAGAUUACCGUGUAUUACGGGAAAAUGAGAUUCGGAAUAGAAGGAAUAAAAGAAACGGUUCAAAUUUUCCUGGUAACCGUAAGCAUAGUGUAAUCGAGGAGGCAGACUCAACGUGCAAUACCCACAGAACGGAUUACGAGGGUGGGGCUGAGGCGUCAGAGGAGGGGGAGAUUCCGGGGUUCCAUGGCCAUGAAGCGGAGCCAGACACUGACGAAAAAGCCAGGGAGGAGGACGAUGAGAACGAGGAGGAUCAGACGACGGAUCAGUACGAACAGACGCCGGGGAUGAAAAUCCGUAUACAUAUCAAGUAUAAACGCGACCUUGAUGACGCGAGAGAGGACAGUACAGAUACUGAGGACACCAUGAACACUGCGUCACCGAGUCAUCGAGGGGAAGGCCGCUUACCGCUCAAACAUAGGACGCACAAUAAAAAGAAAAGUGUUAGACAGGUUUCCGAGUGAAUGCGACUUUUCGAGUGACCUUCAAAAUGGUGGUCGGAAUGCAUACACGUGCGUUGUGCUAUGCAUGUCGUUCUCCUUACAAUACUAGUUUUCUCUCAUUUGUUUCAAAUAUUGUAUUUGUUAAUCAAAUCAGAUGACUGUGCUGUACGAAUUAACAAAAUGUAUAUGAAGCGGUUCAAAAGUUCAUCUGUGAUAUCCAGAAAUGAGAUUUUGAAAAGGUUGGUAGACCUCAAUAAAAUGCGGAAAAGCCGUGACCCGAGGGGAGACAUCCUCGAUAUCCAUUGAAGGCUCGGUGUGCGCCGCCUU